UUUUUCUUCCUACAAGAGAGAAGCGCCUUCAGUACUUUCAAAGUAGACAACCUCAAAUUUAUGGACUGUUUUCAUCGUGGAGGAUUGUAUGUAGCAACACUUUAUGGCUUCCCUCCCCGCCCCCCGCAUAUACAUGGCUAGCUGAGUCAGAAGGUCCUUUGGGGUGUUGAGUUGCAGGUGGGGAGGCAGACCCAGUCCCUUUCCUGGGGUUUUCCUGGGCUCCAGGCUGCAUGUGACCCUUACUGCCCUACACAAGUGUCAUGCGCUGUGUCAGUUUACUGUGUUUGAAGUGAGAUUUAGGCUUUGCAAAGGUCCGUGGCAAGUCCAAGACUACAGAGUGCCCAGGAUCCAUCAGCGAGGUUAUCUGUGCUGAAGGUGAAUCUGAUCAUGUUUGUGAAGACACGAGUAAACAGGAGGGAGAUGUGGGUGCUGUUGACUGAGUCAGUGGCAUGAUUUGGGUGCAGUGGAGGAACAGAACUGUGGGCCCAGAUGACAGUGGGCUUGGAGCGCACGAGCAGAGAACUGGGUGUCAACAGGUUGUGUGAGAGCCGUGAGUGCCUCUGAAGGUAGCCUAUGUAAAACACCAUCCUUGAUUUAAAAGGUCUUCCAGGCCUGUCCGUUUAUCUCUGUGGUGCCCUCCCACAGGUGGUCACCCCGACUUGCUUAGUGACCUUGAUCUUUACACUGCCCACCUCAUAUUUGAAUCUGCACUGUCUUCAUCUUUACCGGCAGUAGUUGUGAGAGGCUUUUUGUCUAAUGACAGCCUCUUUAUCGUUCCCCUGCAUUCAGUUUUUGUACCUCUUGCGGGGGGGGGGGGGGUGUCCUGGCACCAGAUAGUCUUUCUGAAGCCGUAUAUUGAGUUGUAUUGCAUUGUUCUUUCAGUGCCUGUUGGGUGACCUCUGAUAGGUCUUAGGCUCCAGAUCCUCUGUGCUGUGGGUCUCACGUGAGGCUGGGUUCUUUCUGUCAUGUCUUGCACCAUGUUCUCUGUGGCAAUCAGGUAAAAUUCCUUGCUGCCUCUUAACUUCAGUAACACACGUGUUCUGGUUACUUCUGUGAUUCUUUGUAUUAAGUUUAUUGUGUAAGAUUGGCCCGGCCUCAGGCAUCAUUUGGCAUUGAACUUGGGCUUUUCAAAUGUAGCUCCAAAAGAAAGUAUCAACGUAAGUGUUGUUUUAACAAGUGUGUCAUGCAGUUAUAUCUCUCUCUUGUCUCAUUUUAAACUAUAUCUACCAAGUAUUUUACAAAAAUAUUUGUAGCUCAAUUGUUCUAGAAAUAAUGAAAGGAAUUACUUUCUUAUACAGUAUGAACUUACACAUUUAAACUGAAUCAUCAGUGUCUUUCAGUGUCAAACCAUUUGCAGUGUCUCAAACUGCUGAAUUGGUGCAGACCUGGUAGUUUUUUUUGACAAGGAUGGAUAGGUUGUAAAUCACUGUUUUCUCUUUGGACAGUUGGCUGUCAUAGCCUCAGUUUACCAUGUGUUUGGGGGUGGGGUGGUGGGAGUUAGAUUUGGAUAGUACCCUGCCCAUGAUUAGAAAGUAAAAAACUUACUUAGGUUACUGAAGUGAGCAGUUGGUAAUGAAAAUGCUGUGAAAUUUUUAUGUUUCUUGUCAGUAGGUCUGGAUUGGGAUCUUUUCUUGCAGUAGAGUUGAUUUUUGUUUUGUAUAUGAGGUAGUUGAAAUUCACUAGCGAGCCUAGGGAGAAGGUCAGCUGUGGUGUUUGAGAGUACUUAAAAAGAGGUCUUCAGGAAGAGGUUGUGUUAUGGUGUCGAGUUUCUUGAUCUGGGAAGAAUGUCUGUUCUAACAGGUGGUGUUAUUCCUGAUGCGGUGUUUCCCUAUUACACUUGCGAUCUUAUGAAUCGUUUAAUUGCCAGAGAUCUUUCUUGAACCCUCAGCUCACGUUCCUUCAUGUAUUCAGGAAUGCUUUGCCCUAGGAGCAAAGCCUGACUGCCUGGGCUCACUUCCUUCCUGGGGCAUCCAGGGACACCUUGCACUCUUCUCAAAGGGCGAGGCUGUAGAGAUGAAGACAGCUCAAGGCAGAGGUAAGCUGCAGAGGGGAAAGGCCUGCUUACCUCUAGCUUCCCACACUGAUGCUUUAGUGUGUGUGUCUCACCUUUGAAAAUACUCUGUUGAAGGGAUUUAAUGGCUUGUGGAGGCUGCUGGAGUGGGAUGUGGCAGUUCCUGGUCCAGUCUACCCGUUGCCAGGGUGAAAGAGGAGAUCUUUUUCUUUUUGUAGUGAGAGCAGGAAGGGACACGAUGCUGCUGCCCACUACAGCUCGCAGCAGUGCUUCCUGGGCGGCCAUUCCUCUGUCCCUAGCUGGAUUCCUAUGCCUUUAUUCUCUGAUCCAGUGCUGAAGUUGGUGCUACUCUCUGGUCUGCUUGUCAGCUAACAGGUGGCAUGGUUUGAAUUGAAAUGGCAGAAGCAUAAAUGGAGCUGUACUAGGAAAACAUCAAGACCGGUUCUUGAGCAGAAACUGCUGCCUUUGCCUCUCUUUCAUCCUCUGCUUUGCUCCUCUCCUGUUGUAUCAGACUGUUCUUCAGCAUUCUUUUGCCCCAUUUUCCUGAAUGUGCAACCUACAAGUUAAGUUCUCUAAAAAAUGACAAUAAUGUUAGCAAUUUAAAUUUCCCACUUUGAGUUCCCCCAAAAAAUACAUGAAAGAUAAUGAAGACUCCCUUCCCAGCUUGUGCCACUCACUCUGCCUUCUCAUAUAGUGCAACCCUCCCACUGCACAGGCAGGCAGUGUUGGUUCACAGACAUGAACUUCCAUGGCUGUUGGUGGUGGCCAGGUUUGAAUUGUAGGCUGUGAGAGCAAAAGGUGUACGUGGAUUCAGCCACUUGUAACUCUACUGAGUCCCUCGUUACUCCAUGGCUGGUGUACAUUGUUCAGGGCUAAGAUGGCUAAUUUUGUACCUGUGCUGCAGAAUCAUCUCCUGCCCUGGUGUCUACUUCCACUAGACAGGAGGUAAGCUCUUGUAUCACAGGAAUGUGUCGAAGUCGCCAGGGGGCCGUUUCUGAGCUGGUGAUUGAGAGGUCUUGCCCCACUCAGAGUUCUUUAGCCCUGUGGUUGUUGGAGCACAGCUGUGCUAUUUGACCCCAGAGCCAUGCCUUUUGUCAGCUUAAAUGACUCUUCCUUUGGGUUGAGUUUGGCAUUUUAUUGAGUAGCAAAACUUGUACCUCUUUUGCAUCUUCAGUUAGAGACAGGUGGUAAAUAAUCCUUAAAUUCUCCCUGGCUCCCUCCCUCUUCUUCCACAGAAAUGGAACAAAUCUGACAGCUCAGUGAUGUUCCUAAAAAUGAAUCAUUUUGUAACAAAGUAAGACUUUCUAUGAAUCUUAAACAAUAGCAUAUGUUUUGGUUAUGACUUUGGUUAUUUAAAUGAAAGUAUUUAAAAUAUAUGGCUAUAAUAAAUGACCCCAAAAUUUAAUGACUUAAAGCAUAAGUAUUGGAGCAAGCAUUGUGACACAGUUGGUCAAGCCCUUACUUUAGAGUGCUUGGGAUCCAGUCCGCAGUCCGCUCCCAUCCAGCUUCCUGCUCAUGUGUAUGCUGGGAGGUGGCAGGUGAUAGCUAAAGUGCUUGGUUCUCUGCCACUACUGUGGAAGAACGACUCUGCUCAUGGUGAUUACAUGCAAAGUAAUGAGACCAAUUUACUAGAACAAGCCCCAGUACCUCAGGAUGGACUUACCAUGGCGCCUCACAGAGCACAGCGAGAAGCUGUACACAUUGAGAAGAUAAUGUUGAAAGGAGUCCAGAGAAAAAGGGCUGACAAAUAUUGGGAGUACACUUUCAAAGUAAAUUGGUCUGAUCUUUCAGUCACAACAGUAACAAAAACCCAUCAAGAACUGCAGGAAUUUCUACUUAAGCUUCCAAAGGAGUUUUCUUCAGAGACUUUUGAUAAGACCAUCUUAAGAGCCCUGAAUCAGGGUUCCGUGAAAAGGGAAGAACGGCGGCACCCUGACCUGGAGCCCAUCCUAAGGCAGCUAUUUUCGACUUCAUCGCAAGCUUUUCUGCAGAGUCACAAAGUACGCAGCUUUUUCCAGUCCCUGUCACCAGACUCGCUGCACAGCCUCAAUAACUUACAGUCCUCUCUGAAGGCUUCAAAAAUAUUAGAACACUUGAAAGAAGACAGCUCGGAAGCUUCAAGUCAAGAAGAAGAUGUGUUACAGCAUUCCCUAAUCCACAAGAAACAUACCGGGAAAAGUCCCAUUGUGAACAGCAUUGGUACAAAUUGUUCUCCAUUGGAUGGGCUUACCAUGCAAUACUCUGAACAGAAUGGAGUGGUGGACUGGCGGAAGCAAAACUGCACCACCGUGCAGCACCCAGAGCACUGUGUGACCUUGGCUGACCAACAUUCUGCUGAAAAGCGGAGCACGGCUUCAAUAAGUAAGAAGAAAGGAAAGUCACAAAUAGAAAAGGAGAAAAUGAAAAAAGCAGAUAACAGAUUGAAUAGCAGAAUAAAUGGUCUGAGAGUGUCUGCUCCUCAGCAUGCCCAUGGUGGUCCUGUGGAAGAUGUGAAUUUGGACAUCGGAUCUGGACAUGACACAUGUGGAGAAACAUCUUCAGAGAGUUACAGUUCUCCCUCUAGUCCUCGACGUGAUGGAAGAGAGAGUUUUGAAAGUGAAGAAGAGAAAGACAGAGACACAGACAGCAACUCUGAGGAUUCUGGGAAUCCAUCAACAGCCAGGUUCACAGGUUAUGGCUCUGUCAACCAGACUGUCACCGUCAAGCCAACUGUUCAGAUUGCUGGUCUAGGAAAUGCGAAUGGAAACCUCUUAGAAGAUCCCUUAAGCUCACCCAAGUACCCUCCCAUUCCUUUUAUGCCAGCUUUACACUGUGUCAUGCACAAUGGUGCCCCAAAAGCUGAAGUUGUCAUUCCUGUCUCCAAAUCUACUGACGGCAAAACCUUGGGCAUGCUUGUGCCCAGGCCUGUAGCUAUUUCUGCAGUCAGGGAGUCGGCCAGUGCAGCACCUGUGGGAAUCCUGGGGCCCACAGCCCCCACUGGAGAAGCAGAGAAGCACCGUGACCUGCUGGUUCCCCCUUUACCCACCCCAUCCACCUUCCUUCCCCAUGGGAGCACUCCCACAUUGCACCCACCAUUUCAGGGGCUAAAGUCACCACCGCCACAGGGAUCUGCUGAGAAUUGCACGGUGAAUAUCCCCCAACAGCCAACAGCAAGCCUGAGCAUCGGAUCACCAACCACUGCCUUUAUUCAUGUCCAUAGCCCUGGGGGCUUCCCAGGAUCUCCUGUGACUGCCACGGACCCCAUCACCAAGUCUGCACCCCCAGUGGGAGGACUGAAUCAAAUGGUGCCUCAAAUUGAGGGAAGCACAGGGACAGCCCCUCAGCCUACCAAUGUGAAGGUAGUUCUUCCAGCAGCUGGCCUCUCAGCUGCCCAGCCACCAGCUCCCUACACCUUGCCGGGCUCGCCCCUCGCUGCCAGCGUGCUCCCCACCCCAAGUUCCAGCGUGCUCAACCCAGCCGCCACGUCGGCACAGCCUGUGAGUGCAGGCCUCAGCCAGGCCCAGGCAACUGUUCCUGCUGCUGUUCCCACCCACACACCGGGUCCGGCACCAAGCCCCAGCCCCGCCCUGACCCACAGCACCGCGCAGAGUGACAGCACGCCAUACAUCAGCGCCGGGGGAAGCUCAAGCACUAACGGGACAGUGGUGCCACCAGCGCCGCAGCAGAUGGGCUCGGGUCCUUGUGGCUCUUGUGGGCGCAGGUGCAGCUGUGGGACCAAUGGAAACCUGCAGCUCAACAGUUACUAUUACCCCAACCCAGUGCCCGGGCCAAUGUACCGAGUCCCGUCCUUCUUCACCCUGCCAUCCAUUUGCAAUGGCAGCUACCUCAGCCAAGCACAUCAGAGCAAUGGAAACCAACUUCCCUUUUUUCUGCCUCAGACUCCAUAUGCAAACGGACUGGUGCAUGACCCAGUCAUGGGGAGCCAGGCCAGCUAUGGUUUGCAGCAGAUGGCAGGAUUUGGGAGGUUCUACCCUGUCUAUGCAGCACCCAAUGGAGUUGCCAGCGCCAGCGGUUCGGGGCCCAAGAAGAAUGCCACUGUGUCGUGUUACAACUGUGGUGUGAGCGGACACUAUGCCCAGGACUGUAAGCAGUCGUCCAUGGAGGCCAAUCAGCAAGGCACUUACAGACUGAGAUACGCACCUCCCCUCCCCCCUCCUAGUGAUCCGUUGGAUUCUGCAGACUGAACCAAGUAAAGCUUCCUACUUUAUACCCUGGAGUGUGGGGAGGCGUGGGUGUGGAGGGGAGGAAAGGAAAGGUAUUUGGUUUGUUUCUUUGUCUAUACAUUUGCUAGAUUUCUAUGCAGUUGGGAUUUUUCCUUUCUCUUGUACCAAUGUCCAAAACAAGGAUGAACGGGGUACCCCAAGCCCAUCGUCUCCUGGUUCCCGAUGCGGCCUCCGAGGGGAGACGGUGCCGCGCGCUGUUUAUUACACUGAAUACUUGCUGUGUGCAAUGUUUACUGAAUCUUUAAAACUGUGUAUUUGAUUUUUUUAUAACACUGGUGACAGUCACAUGGUUUUGGAAAAAAAAAAACUGCUUCUUCCCCAAGCUUUUCUUACUUUCUCCCUAAACUCCACGUUUCUCGCCAGCUCCCUCCACGCUUGCUGGCUACGCACGGGUGACCAGCUGUGUCUCUGUCCCCACUCAUAAAGGCUCUGCUGUAAAUCAAGGGCGAGUGGGAGACAAGAGCCCCCACGCUGUGUGUGUGCACACCGUGAACAGCAUCCCACGCGCACAAUGACACAUGGCACUUGUUGUCCAAAUCAGAAUGAAAGCAAGAGGAACAGGCAACACCAUAUGAAGUUGAAAAAAUAGGACACAUGAAAUAGACACACAGAGGCGUUCUUUAAAAAAACAAAAAUGGAAAACAUCACCAGAAACGCUCCUGACUUCCAUCAGCCCUUCCUGGCCCGUUGCUUCAGAGCAGAGCCACCCUGCUGGCACGAGUGGUGUGCUGGUCCCCGUGUGCUUGUGUUUGUAGUGAUGUCAGCCGGUUGUACAUGCCUCCCACACCAGUCCCGCUCACACACUACCUUGUCCUGUACCAACUGUUACAGUGUUGCGUUGUUUCAGAUGUGUGUGGUCUUACAGUCUGAACAGAGCUGUGGGGUUCCACAAAGUCAGGUCUUUGUUCCCUGUCUCUCGUAGCCAAGUCACUUUUAUAACAGUUUACCACUCUGCUUGAUUAUAAUGUGAAAGACUGAAAUUCCAAGUGUGUUAAGAUGGUAUUAAUCAUGUCAGUGUCAUGUCACUAAGUUUAAUGCUGCUGUUGAAAAAUGAGUUUUUAAAAAGCCAAUCUAUGUACUAAAUUGCUUCCAGGUAAUUUUUGAUUUCCUAAAGUGCACUGGGGUUAUCUGGAAGCGGGGGUGUGCGUGCUGGUGA